GGCUAUUUAUACUGGGUGAUUCAGGCCUCUGCCUGAGUCCAGCCAGAUGCAGGGGAGCUGGAACCCAGGAGCAGCCUGCAGAGGACAAACCCGUGACCAAGAAAGUGUUUUCUGUAAUAGCUCGUUCACUGAGUGGCUCAGCCUCCUCUGGUGAGUUCCCUGUGAUGGACUGCACCUCUCCUCUCCGCUCUGCCCCUCAGCGUCGGCUGCAGCCGGCUCCCUGGAAGGAUUCCUGCAGUGUGAGCUCCCAGCACAGCGAGCUCAGCCUGAGCCCACAUGGCUGGGGGCACCAGCUCGGCCGCCUGGAGCCACUGCAGUGCCAGGACCUGCUGGUCCAGAAUGCGCUCUUCACUGGAGACCUGGACAUGGUGCAGAAGUACUUCACCAAGAGCUCAGCCAUCAACCUCAUCAUCGAGACCAGGGGCGAUGUGCUGCGCUGGACCAGCAGCAAACGUGGACUGUGGUCGCUGAGCUACGAGCAGGAGCUGACCA